CCAGGAUCCCAAAGGGAGGCUUGGGCCAGACCCCUUUGGGGACUCCUGUUUCCAGGUGGGAGCUGGGCACAGGUGUGGAGUGCUUAGAACGACUCCAGCUUAUGCCCAGAGUGGGAAGACCCCCCUCCAAGACAGAGAGCUCAGAGCUGUCCAUUCCUUCUUGACGAAGAGACUCCAGGGCCUGCUCCAGAACUCAGAGAAGACGCCAGCCUUGAAAAAGGCCGGGGGGGUUGGGAGGAGUCAGCAGCCCCAGAAGCUCCUAACGAGAUGGACCGAGUGACCAGGUACCCCAUCUUCAACAUUCCCCACUCAUCCAGGGUCAGUGACCUGCCAACUGACCUGGAAAGCCAUUACACCUUUGAUGUUGUUAAAGUGGAGCCAAUGUCCCCGAGCUGGGACGAGGACAGGCGUGGAAUGGAUUCUCGUGGCCAAAGCUUCCAGUUUGACCCAGAGGAGACCUCGGCCCUGAGGGUGGUGACUGUCACUCAGGAAAUUGUCCCCACGUCCCACAUGGUCAAGAAGACACAACAUGUCGUGACUGAUAACUAUAGCGCCGAGCGACACACUCCUUCCUGGGAGCGAAAGACCCAAACAGAGGUGGUAAAGGUGGGUCCUACCUACAGCCUCCGAGCUUGGCCAGGGGAGCGGCAGCCCGGCAGGUUGUACUCUCAAGAGGAAGAGGAGGAGGAACGGCAGCUGUACCUCCUGGGUUCUGGGGAAAACGCCUUUCCAAAGGAGAUGAAGGACUUUGAGCGGGAGCGAGAGGCGGUCAUCCGGGGCCAGGUGGUGAAGAGGAGCACAACGGUGGCCACUCGCUGGAGCUCCCAAGAGGAGCUGGACGGGCUCCAUCCCGGCCAGGGCCCGUCCUCUACUUCAGUCUCUGACUCAGACAGUGUCAUCGACACCGACCAGAUUAACUUCCUGGCUGCCCGGCAGCAGUUCAUGAAUUUGGAGAAGCUGACCGCGAGCUCCUGGCCAGCGCAGAAGCCGAGGGGAAGGACCGGGCAGCCUGCAGUCAUCCAGGCUGAUGUUGGCCAAAGCAUCAGCUCCUCUGGGUCCGGGAGGGCCGGCCUGACCAACGGCCAUACUGUCUCCAUCAGGGACGAUGCUGAGGAAGCCAGGUCUGGCCUGCGCGCUUUGACCCCUGGCUCCCAGAGCAUCUCUGUAGACCACUUAUCCGUGUCCUCUGUGGAAGAUGCCCUGACCCUGGUCUUUGAGGAGGGGCCAGAACUGGUUCCCUGUGAUGAGGGUCCAAAGGAGACACCCAUUGAGAGAGAGAUCCGACGGGCUCAGGAGCGGGAGGCCGAUCUUCGUCAGCAGAGGGGCCUGCAGCAAUCGGGCAGCCAGGACGAACUAGUGGAGAUCCCGAUCCGGCCUCUGCUGUCCACUCCCACUGCCAAGAAAGGGAAGGAUAAGGGGCGGCUGCCAUCCUUAUACCUUCAGAGAGAGAUAGCCCUGGACACAAAGCGUGAGGAAGACCAUCGCCAGCAAGCUGGGCUCUCCGAGCUUAUCAGUGAUGGCAGUAGAGCUUCCACACCAAACCAGCUGGCCAGAGACUCGGAAUUCCCCAAGAUAAGGAGAGUCCAGAGCUCGGAUUCCAUCCUGAGCCUGACUUCUGACACCCAUCCAACAGAAGCCAACCUGGAAGGAAAGAAGAUUAGUCGCAUUCCCUUGGAGGCCUACCAGCCUUACCUGAAUCCACAUAGCACUAAGAAGGAAUUCCCAUCUUACUCUUCUUACAAACCAGGUCCCUCAGUGGGUUCUGGGCACCUUACCAUGAGCUCCAGGUGGGAGCAAGGUGUGACUACACCUCCACCCUGCUCACAAAAGGUAUCCUGGAGAGAGGAACAGGUCAGGGAACAACCCUGGCAGUCACAAACCUCUACCUGGAGAGAGGAACAAAUCAGAGAGAAGCCCUGGAAGUCACAAACCUCACUUACCCAGAGUGAGGAACAGGUCAGGGAGCAGCCCUGGAAGUCACAGACCUCUACCUGGAGAGAGGAACAGGUCAGGGAGCAGCCCUGGAAGUCACAGACCUCUACCUGGAGAGAAGAACAGGUCAGGGAGCAGCCCUGGAAGUCACAGACCUCUACCUGGAGAGAGGAACAGGUCAGGGAGCAGCCCUGGAAGUCACAGACCUCUACCUGGAGAGAGGAACAGGUCAGGGAGCAGCCCUGGAAGUCACAGACCUCUACCUGGAGAGAGGAACAGGUCAGGGAGCAGCCCUGGAAGUCACAGACCUCUACCUGGAGAGAGGAACAGGUCAGGGAGCAGCCCUGGAAGUCACAAACCUCCACCACUCAAAGGCAGGAGCCAUGGAGGUCACCACCUCAAGAGUCCACUCAAAAGGCAUGGGGUGCUCAGGAACGGGUUGCAGGGGAUGCUAGCCAGGGCGUGAUGCCUCGGGACUACUUCCAUCUACGACCGAUGAAGCUCAAGUUUACCUUCACCCCUGGGCCAGAGAAGGUGAGUGCUCCCAAGCAGGAACGUGUCUGGCAGCCCAAAAUCCCUGUUAAAGAAGAGGUGACCAUCCACGCCAAACCUCUAAGGUCCCAGUCCCAGAGUGAGGAACAGGUCAGGGAGCAGCCCUGGAAGUCACAGACCUCUACCUGGAGAGAGGAACAGGUCAGGGAGCAGCCCUGGAAGUCACAGACCUCUACCUGGAGAGAGGAACAGGUCAGGGAGCAGCCCUGGAAGUCACAGACCUCUAUCUGGAGAGAAGAACAGGUCAGGGAGCAGCCCUGGAAGUCACAGACCUCUAUCUGGAGAGAAGAACAGGUCAGGGAGCAGCCCUGGAAGUCACAGACCUCUACCUGGAGAGAGGAACAGGUCAGGGAGCAGCCCUGGAAGUCACAGACCUCUACCUGGAGAGAGGAACAGGUCAGGGAGCAGCCCUGGAAGUCACAGACCUCUACCUGGAGAGAGGAACAGGUCAGGGAGCAGCCCUGGAAGUCACAGACCUCUACCUGGAGAGAGGAACAGGUCAGGGAGCAGCCCUGGAAGUCACAGACCUCUACCUGGAGAGAGGAACAGGUCAGGGAGCAGCCCUGGAAGUCACAGACCUCUACCUGGAGAGAGGAACAGGUCAGGGAGCAGCCCUGGAAGUCACAGACCUCUACCUGGAGAGAGGAACAGGUCAGAGAGCAGCCCUGGAAGUCACAGACCUCUACCUGGAGAGAGGAACAGGUCAGGGAGCAGCCCUGGAAGUCACAGACCUCUACCUGGAGAGAGGAACAGGUCAGGGAGCAGCCCUGGAAGUCACAAACCUCCACCACUCAAAGGCAGGAGCCAUGGAGGUCACCACCUCAAGAGUCCACUCAAAAGGCAUGGGGUGCUCAGGAAAGGGUUGCAGGGGAUGCUAGCCGGGGCGUGGUGUCUCGGGAUUACUUCCAUCUACGACCAAUGAAGCUCAAGUUUACCUUCACCCCUGGGCCAGAGAAGGUGAGUGCUCCCAAGCAGGAACGUGUCUGGCAGCCCAAAGUCCCUGUUAAAGAAGAGGUGACCAUCCACGCCAAACCUCUAAGGUCCCAGUCCUCUAGCCUGCUGGAGAUGGAGAUCCAGAAUGUCCUGCAGCGGGAGAGGGAGCUGGAAGAAGAACGCCGGAAUGCCUUGUUCCCAGAAGUGUUCUCUCCUACUGCAGAGCUGGACCAGACAUUUGAAUGGGAAGAUUCACACUCCAGACACUCCUCAGUGGCUUCAGGUGUAACGGGGAGCUACUCCGUCUCGGAAUCGCCUACCUUGUCCCCUGUCCGCUUCCACUCAAACUUGGUGUGGAAGGUGACAGAGCAGUCACCGGGACAAGAUAAGUCCUGGAAGAAAAGGGAUGUAGGGUAUGCCGGCCUUGACACAUCUGACACUGUGGACAUACAGAUUAUGAAAGCCACAAGGGUUCCGCGACGUAAAAGUGCCUUGGCUGCUCGCUGGGAAGCCGGAAUGUAUGCCAGUGAGGAUGAAGACUGAACCCCCCAUUUAGGCUAGACACAUGUCAAGCAUCAGCCAGUGUAGAGCUUGGGGGGAGCUUGGGUCCAUCUCUUCCCCACCUGAUUAUCCUUCCCCAACCUUAAACCAGAUCCUCUCAUCAGCAAGUCACUGAUAGAGAAAGGAGAAGGCAAGUAAAGAUCUUCCUCCUUAGAGACUGUUUUUAUAUAAUCAAAGAAACUAAAAUCAGGUGCUAAUAUUGUUUUUCAUGACUGUACAUAUAUAAUCUAGAUCAAAUUGACUGCCUUCUCAUGGAAGGGAGAGAGGAGGAAGCGGAGAGAGAAUUUGAAAGUCAUAAUUUUAAAAAAUGAUUAUUAAAUAACUGCAUAUGUAUAAUCUGUAUCAAAGUGUUUGCCUUCUCAAGGAGAGAGUGGGGAAGGGGAGAGAGGAAGGAGAGAAUCUGGAGCUCAAAAAUUAUAAAAAAGAAAUGUUAAAAAUUGUUUUUGUAUGUAAUCAAGAAAAAAAUAAAAACAUUUUUCAAAAAAAUGAAUGUUAAAAUUGUUAUUAUAAUUUGAAAUAUAUAUAAUAUAUUUAGAGAAAAUAUAUAACUUUUUAAAAAUCAGGUGCUGAAAUAAGAAGUGACAGAUAUAUAUGUGUGUAUUUAUAGAUAUAGAUUUUUUUCCCCUUGAACUUGAUUUUUUUUUCUCAUUUUUUUUAAGUGGGAGGAAAAAAUCCUGUUGAUUUCCUAGAACCCUUGGUUUCACUGAAUUCUAGUCUGGGCUCUAUACACUGACUGCUAUGUGAUCUUAGGCAAAACUCUUCCAUUCUCUGGUUUUGGUUUCCUCAUAUUAAAAUAAAAAAAAUUGUACUGAAUACAA